AUGUUCUGUCAGAUCUCAGAGGGAAUCGUGAAAGGAGAAAGCAACCGCUUCUUCGAUCUGCCGUGCAGCAUCAUGACUACUAACGUGAUUCAUGGCAGUAUCGCUACCAACACGGUUCCCGCUGAUUGCAUUGACAACUAUAAGCUCCGCAAUCUAGCUUAGAUGCCGCAUGGGUAUAUCCAGAGUCGCGUUUCUGAUGAGGUCUCGAACGAUCUGCUUCCGGAAAUGAAGAAGGGGGCACAGCAAUGCUGACAGCAUAAUUGA